AUGUCACCUGUAGAUAGAAGCAAGGAAAAUGGACUGCAAUUGCCCAGGCUAUGCAAAUUCUGUGACAUUAAAGCAACAACAUGCUCAAACCAAUAUCAGUGCAAGAGCAACUGCAACAUCACUUCCAUCUGUGAGAAGAAUAACGAAGUCUGUGCUGCUGUAUGGAGACGGAACGAUGAGAAUGUGACAUUAGAAACAAUCUGCCACGAUCCCCAGAAGAGACUGUAUGGUCACACGUUGGAUGACUCCAGCUCAGAGCAGUGUGUGAUGAAGGAGAAGAAGGAUGAUGGGGGACUGAUGUUCAUGUGCUCCUGUACAGGUGAAGAGUGCAACGAUGUUCUUAUUUUUUCUGCAG